AUGAACCCUCUUCAUUUAAAGGCAGCGAAUUUUCAGAAUUACCUAUUGUUCGCCCUCGGCCUUUUACUAUGUCGAGUAACACUUGCAUUUGGAGCUCCUGCAGAUGCCAACGAUGGCGUCCCACUGGAAGCGCAGAUGUUGAGCGGUAAGGCGCUCGUCGAAUACCUAAAAAAGAGCCAGAAUCUCUUCGAGGUGAAUGAUGAACCGACACCUGAUUUCAAGUACAAAAUAAUGAGUAAGAAAUUUAUGAGCCAGUACCGGAGGAGCCCUCCUAUUUUAAACGACAACAAUGAUACUGACAUUCCGGAGAACUAUGAUCCUCGCCUCAUAUGGCCCAACUGCUCGUCACUUUUCACCAUCCCUGAUCAAGCAAACUGUGGCUCAUGCUGGGCUGUGUCAACGGCAGCUGCAAUUUCGGAUCGUUUAUGCAUUGCCUCAAAAGGAAAAAAUCAGGUGUUUAUCUCUUCUGCCGACAUUUUAUCGUGCUGUGGUGAUUCCUGCGGUUACGGGAAAAUCCUUCUACACGGUAGAAUAUUCGGUACCAGCUAUCCAGAGAGAAAUUAUGGCGAAAGGAUCGGUUGUUGGUUCCUAUGACGUUUUCACAGACUUCAGUUUCUACAAAUCUGGAAUUUAUAAGCACACCGGUGGAAAACCAGAUGGACGUCAUGCUGUGAGAAUAAUCGGAUGGGGAAAGGAAAACAAUACAGACUAUUGGCUUAUUGCUAAUUCAUGGCACGACGAUUGGGGAGAAAAUGUUACUUCCGCAUGAUUCGUGGAAUCAACGACUGUGGCAUAGAACAAGAUAUUACCGCUGGAGAUGUUGUUUGA